CCCAACUGGUCCCUCUGUUCCCGAAAGCCACAGUCUAACUUCCUUACUCUAUAGGACUCCUUUGGCACGGGCAUUAUCUCCCGUUCACAUACACACUCUCCCUCUGCUUCUGAAUACCGGCUACGGGGCUGGCAUCGGGUUCUGGUGGCACCUUGCUCCGGUUCGUCUCAACGUACACAGGUGGAAUACAAAAGGGAAAUUGCAAAAGUCCCACUUUCCACGUGCAUAUAGGACAUAACUUCCAGGGACAGCUACUCCGAAAGGCCAGAUCACUCAGUUGUGAAGCAGUGGCGUAGUCAGUGAAUUCAGGACUGUCUCGCAACUCCUCUGCAUAUUCCAUAAGCCCGUAUUCGCUCCCAAUGGCUAGUUCGUCCAGCUCGGCAAUGGAGGACACCUCCUCCUCGUCAAGUUCAACGAGGGCGGGAAGAACCGAAAGCGAGAGGCUCCAGGCGGUCCUGGACUCUCUUGUACAUACCGCCACCAUCUUCUCCUCCGGAAAGGGCAUCAACUCUGAGGAAGAACCCGAACGACGGCUGUUUGACGCGGAACUUGGGAGGAUUCUUGCUGACGACGGGAUAAGUGUCUCUGACAAGAUAGACUUCGUCACCGAGUUGGCGCAGACUUGCUUUGGAGCCGGUUGGGAGGCGAAUCCGGGCGCUAUUGCGGCUGGAAGGGAUGGUCGCGAUGAUCCCGGAAAGAGGAAGCGCAAGAGAUGCACUUCCUCUGCGUCGGAACAAGGGAAACGCCGAUCAAAAGCUUCUGGGAAGCGACCAGCGGACUCGUCAUCAUCACGCAUUGUCCCAUGUCCCAUGUUCAUGCAAGAAUGCCCCGAAGAUCUCCUCCUGUACGUAUUCUCGCAUCUGGACGCGCCCUCCCUAUGCCGAGCCUCGCAAACCUGCCGCUACUGGAAAACGCUCACGGAUUCAUUCGAGACGUCACUUUGGACAACCAUGACCCGCCGCGAAUGGGGCCUGUCGGAUCCCAACCCGCUCGGGUUGUCUUGGAAGGAGUUCUUCAAGAUGCAUUGGAAUAUACAUCAGGGGACGUUUCGGGUGCAUCAGAUUGAGGAGAGCGUGUCGUCGUUUAGUCCGCUGACGAAUGGUGCUACAGAAGUGUCGAGUCGGGAUGAGACUGACGGGGCUGGGGUACAUACACAGCUUCCAGGGACAGGGACAGGGACGGAUGCUGAAGCGUCAAAUUCGGCGUCAGAUUCGACCUCCUACGGCGCGGAAUCCCCACCACCUAAGCGGCGUUACGUCGCCGCAUGGCCAGCUGACCCCAUCAACGCCUAUAUCGUUGCCCUCGACGCCGAAACCUCCAGUCUCGCCUGGGUCGAAAUCGAAACCGACGCCCUAUGCAUCUUCGUCUCCGCCCUUCUCCCCUCCGGCGUCAUCUCCAAACCCCUCGUCCUGCGCGGGCACGAAAACCCCAUAGGCCUGAUUCUCUCAAACAUGGAAGGGACCCUCGUCUCCUUCGACGACUCGUCCACCAUCAUCGUCUGGAACCUCGCCACCAUGCAGUUCGAACGCGCCAUCAAUGCAAACGACGAGCUCGGUUUUAUCUUCUCCAUGAACAUCCAUAAACGCAAAAUCGUGACCGGUGGGCAAAACGGACGCGUGAUUGUCUGGAACGCCGAUACUGGCGACUCGAUCUGGUCCGUCGAUGUGGAUGAAAAGUACAUCCACCGCCUCUCAGUGCAGAACCUACUCAAUGUGGCAGUGUGGGGCGAUCUGGUCGCGUAUGGGAUCUGGGAAGGCACGUUCUGGGUCGGGGAUAUGAAGGAAAAGAAGGAGGUUGCGAGGUUUCAUGUGAGCGAUAUGAAGGAAAAGAACCGGAGUGUAGACGAACGCACGAGGGCUAGCUUUUUCCAGUUUAUCAACGAGAGCUCGGCUAUACUGGGGACGGCGGCGGUGAAUUCGUUGUUGGCUAACGCGUGGAGUGGGUUGGAGGCCUCGCUGGGGACGGAGACGGCGACUAUGUUGAAUAUGGUGGAGCUGAUUGAACGGGGGCUGCAGACUUCGACGGGAGAGGGAGGGCCAGGGAGCAGCAGUAGCAGCGGUGGAUCGGGAGGGUCGUCCAGCGCGGCUGGGACCGCAACUUCUUUGAGCAGGCUUCUCCAAGAAGCACUCUCGACAACAUCUUCGGUCUCGAUGCACGUGAACAUCGGUUAUGCCGAAGCAGGACAACCGGACGGACCACCCUCAAGCGCCUCUCCCUCGCAUAUGCCGGGUGGUAGCCCAGACACGAACGCCAACGCCAACGCCAACGCCAACGGGACAGUCGCCACCACUUUCCACCCCUGGAACCAACCCUCCACCGACAACGACGACGCGUCCUCCACCACCUCCAUUUCCUCCGACGAAGCCGACGAAAACGACACCCCAGUCCCGCCCGCAAACCAACUCCCCACCGCCCUUGCCCCUUACGGCCCCCCUCUCGUCAACUACCAGCCGCCGCCCGCCCCCCAAUGGGCCACCACCCCCCCAGACGCAACCCUCUACCCCAUGACCCUCGCCCUCAACGCGCACAUCCUCCUCACCAACGGUCCGCUCCCUAACCAGCUUGCCGUCUGGGACCUCCGCGCACCCCACAGCGGCCGCAACGGGCUCUACACCCUCGCCUCGGCCCGCAAACCGGGAUCGGAGGCGCCGCAUAUCAAGUUUGCGGAGAUUAGCAGGGACGGGAGUAUGGUGUUUGCGUCGACGGCCAGGGAGCAUAUACCCGUGCUCGGGCAGGCACCGCCACAGGACCCGCCUGAGGCGAUUGUGAGGACGAAUGAGCUGUUGGUGUGGGAUUACCGUGUGCCGGCUGUGAAGGCGAAAAGGAGGUUUGAGAAGGUUAUGGUUGCGUCGUUCUUGGGGGAGGAGGAGGACGAGGCGGAGGAGAGGUUGGAGGGGCCGAUUGAGGUGUGGGUUUGUUGGGAUGAGGUUUGAGAUUGGGAUUUAGGGGCUUGCAUUCAUAGCUACCCCUGCCUUCAUAGCUCAGGGUCCUCCUUCUGUUCGUACACCAAAAUCACAAAUUUUCUAUCUGGCGCGACAACAGAGCAGAUGUUGUUUGCCCUCCGCCUUUGA